ACUUUCCCAGCAAAGCUUAGCGGAGCUCCGAGGGUCUAGUCAGCUGAGAGUAACUACUCUCUGUAUUCUCUCACAUCCACUCUCACUCUCCACCACCACCCACCAAUGCAACGCCACCUCCUCCUCACGGCGGCGACCGCCCUCCUCCUCCUCCUCCUCCUCCACUCGACGGCGUCGUCGUCGUCUCCCUCUGUCGACAACUCCCUCUCCAACUGCGACCAAACCUUCAACUGCGGUCCCCUCGUGAACGUCUCCUACCCCUUCACCGGCGGCGACCGCCCCGACCACUGCGGCCCGCCGGAGUUCCGCCUCGGCUGCGUCGGCGGCUUCCCCGAGUUCACCGCUGGCUUGCUCACUUACCGCGUCCUGGCGCUCGACCAGACUCGCCAAUCGCUCACUCUCUCAAGAACCGAUCUUUACAACAACAUCUGCUUGUCGCAAUACGCCAACACCACUCUCAACUCCAGCAUCUUCACCUUCGUUAGCGACGACGAAGACCUCACCUUGUUUUAUGGGUGUUGGACGAUUAUGACCGUCAAGCCCCAGAAUCUGUUCAGUUGCGAGAUCAAUGGGACCGAGACGGACAACUAUUACUUGUUGGGUGCUUUACCCACCGAUCCGAUUCUUAAUGUGAGCACGUGUAAUGUGAGUGUCACGGUCCGAAUUCUGCAGUCCGCGGUAAACAUGCUCACCGCAAACCGGUCGAAGCUCAGGGAGGCUCUGAUGGAAGGUUUUGAGGUGAAUUACACGAAUCCGUACGAGGAUGAGUGUGUGCGCUGUGGUGGGAUUGGUGGGGAGUGUGGGUUUGACUCUGAUCUGGGGAAGCCCAUUUGUAGUUGUGAUGACCGAAUUUGUUCCACAUCCACCGCAGGAUCCAACAGGUGGAGAAAACUUAUCAUAGGUGGAGCGUUUGCUAUUGGUGCUUCAAUAUCUGCGAUUGCCAUCAUUUUCACAUGGAAGGUUCCACUCUUCAAGAACAAGAAAGAUCGCGGCGUUGAGCGAUUGAUAGGAAUCCAUGGAUCUCUUGCUCCAAGAAGAUACCGAUAUACCGAUUUGAAGAAAAUGACAAACUCAUUCUCAGAGAAACUUGGUCAAGGAGGAUUUGGUGCAGUGUACAAAGGGAAGAUCAAAGAUGAUUGUCUUGUGGCCGUGAAAAUUCUGACAGAGUCGAAAAGUAGCCCGGAAGAAUUUAUCAAUGAAGUCGUGAGCAUUAGUAGAACUUCUCACGUUAAUGUAAUCACUCUUUUAGGUUUUUGUUACGAGGGGAAGAAAAGAGCUCUAGUUUUCGAGUACAUGCCUAAUGGUUCGUUGGAUAAGUUCAUAUAUUCCGGAAGAGCUUUAAAUAGGAGCAGUUCCUUGGAAUGGAAGCUACUGUAUCAUAUUGCAAUUGGCAUUGCUCGUGGGCUAGAAUAUCUGCAUCGAGGUUGCAAUACCAGGAUCUUGCAUUUCGAUAUAAAACCUCAUAACAUCUUACUUGAUCGAGAUUUUAACCCCAAGAUUUCGGAUUUCGGCCUUGCUAAACUUUGUCACGGGCAAGAGAGUGCUGUGUCGACUCUCGGCAUGAGAGGAACGGUCGGAUUUAUUGCACCAGAAGUUGUUUUUCGAAACUUGGGGAGAGUCUCUCACAAGUCUGAUGUUUACAGUUAUGGAAUGUUGGUUCUUGAUAUGGUAGGCUUCGGAAGUUCUGACAUCAAAUUUUCCAACAGCAGUGAGGUGUACUUUCCAGAAUGGAUUUAUAGGAACUUAGAGCCCGGGAAAGAACUGAAAUUGCCGAUGAAUGUGACAGAGGAGGAGGAAGUGCUAGCGAGGAAGAUGAUUAUUGUGAGUUUGUGGUGCAUUCAAACCAGUCCAUCUGAUCGACCUCCAAUUGUGAAGGUGAUAGAGAUGUUGGAAGGUAGCUUCCAAUCACUGCAAAUGCCGCCGAAGCCCAUCUUGUAUUCGCCAUCACGAUCAUUGUCGCAACAUUGGGAAAUGACGACGUCGACUUCCUAUGGGAGCCGCGAGGAGGACAGAAUACUAGAGAAUUUGGAGGAAAGCAACAACUAAUGGAAAAGUGGUAUUGCACGAUGUUAACUCCUCGAGGUAAUUGUCAUGCCUUUCUUUAGGUUGAAUAUGUUGUUCUUAGAGUUGCAAUGAAAGUAGAGAGGACGGUUUUGUUAUAAUUGUCUGCAUAUUGUUAUUCUGUGGAAACAUCCAUGUCGACACCAAUAUCUAGAAUAACAUAAUAACUAUAGUCUUA